AUGACUGGCCACGAGAGAAGCGUCUUGGUCCUGUAUGGAUCUGAGACGGGCAAUGCCCAAGAUAUAGCCGAAGAGCUUGGCCGGCUGUGCCAGCGGCUGCAUUUCAAGAGCCAUGUCGAGGAACUCGAUGCCGUGGAACUCAGUGUCUUGCUGCAGCACCAACUCGUGAUAUUUGUCAUUUCGACGACCGGACAAGGUGACAUGCCGCACAAUUCACUUCUCUUUUGGAAGAAGCUCCUGCGGAAGAAGCUGCCACCAAGUUGCUUGAGCCGGCUGAAGUAUUCCUGCUUUGGCCUUGGCGACAGCACAUAUCUCAAAAAGCUUGUGCGAAGAUUAGACCAGCUCGGUGCUACUACAUUCGUCGACAUAUGUGAGGCGGACGAGCAGUUUCCAGAUGGUAUUGAUGGCAGCUUCGUAAGAUGGGCCGACGAUCUAAGAAAGCACCUCCUUGAGCAUUAUCCGCCUCCGUCAGGUUUAGAGCCAAUUCCCGACGACACCAUGCUGCCGGCACGCUGGUCUUUAGGUCCGGCUUUAGCAGGCCUCUUAGAAAAAGCCCAGGUUGUCGAUUUGUCCCCUCUCAUACUCAAAGACUCAAACGGCACGCUCACAGCACCAAACUUGCCUCCACCCGGACUCCUACCCAUACCCGCCGGACGGACGGCGACAUUGACCAAGAAUGAGAGGCUCACUCCAACGGAACACUGGCAGGAUGUUCGCCUUGCAUCAUUUGCCAUCCCAGCCCACCAAUCAGGUGGGAAAGUCCACUGCGUUCCGGGAGACUGCCUCACGCUGUAUCCAAAGAACUUCCCCCAUGACGUCCAGAGGCUGAUUGACCUCAUGGACUGGAACAGCAUCGCCGACCAGCCACUCAAUCUAUCCGCCUGCGAAUCCCUGCCGCGCAACCUCUAUGCACCAGCAUGCUGUACGCUCCGCGAUUUGCUCCUCAACAAUAUCGACAUAACUGCCAUCCCACGGCGUUCCUUCUUAAAGAACAUGUCCUACUUCUCUUCAGACGAAUACCAUCGUGAACGAUUGCUAGAGUUCACCAUGACCGAGUACAUGGACGAAUACUUUGACUACGCCACACGAUCCCGCCGCAGCAUCAUCGAAGUCCUCGAUGAAUUCACCUCCGUCAAGAUCCCAGCCGAGCGCCUCCUCGACGUCUUCCCCUUGAUCCGCGGCCGCGACUUUAGCAUCGCCAACGGGGGCACAUCGGCAAACCAUCCUUCAAAUAAAGACACUACCAACGUCGAGCUUCUAGUCGCCAUGGUGAAAUACCGCACCAUCUUGCGCAAGCCCCGAGAAGGCCUCUGCUCCCGCUAUCUCGCCAGCCUCCAUCCCGGCUCAACCCUGCGCGUCUCCUACAAACCCGUCCUCUCACCCAUCCAUGGCACCGCAAAUUCCCAGAGACCGCUUAUAGCCAUGGCCACAGGCACCGGCGUCGCCCCCGUCCGAUGCCUCAUCCACGAACGCCUCACACAUCCCAGCCCAGCGCCCAUGAUCAUCUUCUUCGGCAAUCGUAAUCGCGCGGCAGAUUACUUCUUCAAAGACGAAUGGCGCGCGCUCUCCGAGGAAGCGGCGAAAAAGAACACCGAGCUUUUGGUGUUUACGGCCUUUUCGAGAGAUCAGCGCGAAAAGAUUUACGUGCAAGACUUGGUUCGCCGAGAAGCGCCGAGGCUGGAGAAGCUGAUACCCCAAAGAGCCAUUUUUGCCGUCUGUGGGGGCUCCUCCAGGAUGGCUGAUUCGUGUAAGCGUGCGGUUUUUGAUCCCUUUAUCGAAGGAGGCGAUGAGGAAGCAAGGAAGGACAUGUUGGAAGCCAUAACGUGGUGGCAAGAAAUUUGGUAG